AUGCACGAAGAGGAGCGUGUAGACGGCACUGAAGCGAGCAACGAAGACGAGGAGGAGGAGGAGGAGAUCGUGACGCUGUCGGAUGUGCUCAAGCACAACGAGCACAUGACAGAGACGGCAGACGCCGUCCUGGGCGACGCCAGCGACACAAACUGCAGUUACCCGAUGGGGUACAUCCGUCAGGCCGUUUACGCAUGCAUGACGUGUACCCCCGAAUCUCUGGAGAAGCCCGAGACGCGCGCAGGUGUGUGUUUGGCGUGUACGUACAAUUGCCACCACGACCACGAGCUCGUGGAGCUGUACACAAAGCGCAUGUUUCGCUGCGACUGUGGCAAUGACAAGUUCCCAACGACCAUGUCGUGCAAGUUGGAAGCCGAGAAGGCGCCGACGAACCAGCGAAACACUUAUUCUCAAAACUAUGGUGGAGUCUAUUGCAAUUGCCAUCGACCGUAUCCCGAUCCAGAACGCACAACAGCAGACGUGAUGGUGCAAUGCGUCAUCUGCGAAGACUGGUUGCACGAGGAACACCUUUUCAACGACGGUGACGUGGAACACGGUGAUGCUGAGAAGGAUGCCUUACGGUCUACAGACAAAGACUCGCCCACGAGUGGCGAUGCCGACAGCGCUGUGGAUCUAGGAACCGCGAUGUUGUCUGAAAAGUUUGACGAGCUCAUUUGCCUCGAGUGUAUGAAAAAGUACCCGUUUCUCAUGGCGUACGCAGAAAGCAGCUCGGUUGUGCAAGCUACAGAGGAAGAGAACACUAGUGAAGAGUCGUCCAAUGUGACGCCGGCUGGCACGAGUGAAUGCGUGCUCAAGCUGAAGCAGAAGGAGCAGCAUGUGGGAAUGGAGAGCUCGACAGUUUUGCGACCGACUUUCUGGUCGAGUGAUUGGCGCAAUGACCUCUGUCGAUGCUCGUCGUGCAUUGCGUUGUUUGAGAAGCACGGCAUUGCUUUUCUGCUAGACUCGGAUGAUGCUCUGCACGUGUACGAAGCCAGUGCUCGGGAGAAGAAAAGCGCUUCGGACGAGGAAGUCGCGCAGCGUGCAUUUGCGAACAAGCUAACCCACGAACAACAAGUGGAAGUAGCGGUGGGCUAUAGCGUCAUGAAGACCAACCUUCAGCAGUAUCUCGCAGGCUUUGCCGCUGAAGGCAAGACGGUACGAAAAGAAGAUAUCCAGCAGUUUUUCGAGAGGUUGAGCCAAACCAAGCGGCAGAAGACGGAGUAA